UAGCUUACGAAGAAAAAGCUCAACAUCUCUCUCCACUCUCUCUCAGUAAAACUUCUGAUAUUUAGCGUUCUCUCUCUAGAAAAUCAUUACAUACAACACUCACAUUUUAUACAUACAAAACCCUAGCAACUCUCCGAUCCUCUUCCGACGAUCGUCCUCCAUGCCGCCGGCGAGAGGAAACGGAGCUCCGAUUCACUUCAUUGAUCUCAGCUGAUUUCAUUUUGAUCCUUGCUCCUGAGUAUUUUUGUGCUUUUGUCUAAGAUUCUAGAAGAAAUGUACAAAAACCAGCUGCAGGAGCUGGCACAAAGGAGUUGCUUCAACUUGCCGUCUUACACUUGUAUUAGAGAAGGUCCGGAUCACGCGCCGCGGUUCAAGGCUACUGUUAACUUCAAUGGAGAAAUCUUUGAGAGUCCGAAUUACUGCUCUACACUUCGCCAGGCUGAGCACUCUGCUGCUGAGGUUGCAUUAAAUGCACUCGCUAAUCGCGGUCCUUCCUACUCGCUUGCUGCUAGAAUUCUGGAUGAGACAGGGGUGUAUAAGAAUCUGUUACAGGAAGUUUCACAAAGAGUGGGAGCAUCAUUGCCAGCAUAUACGACUUUUAGAUCUGGUCUAGGACAUCUUCCUGUCUUUACCUGCACGGUAGAGUUGGCAGGCGUCACAUUUACUGGCGAGCCAGCAAAAAAUAAAAAGCAAGCUGAAAAGAAUGCAGCCAUGGCAGCUUGGUCGUCUCUGAAAUUAUUAGCGCAGCAGUCUGAAAGUUCAAAACCAGACCGAGGAAGAAAUGAUGAGCAAGAGCAUGUAACUGUUGCACGUGCACUACAAAGGUAUAUUAUGAAGGCAAGGCUGGCUAGAAUAUCAUUCCCAAUUAAAUUUCCAACACCCAAUCCAAGACCAAGUGUACAACAGGCUCCAUCUACAACGUCAAAACUCCUUCCCCUAAUAUGUCCUAGAACAGCUCCUCGCAGUAGGCCGGUCAGUCCAUUAUGUCUAAAACCUGCUACUCAAAGUAGACCCUUUGAUACUACAGAAAGCGACACAUCAUUGAGUCCAAGGACUGCUCAAGCCAUAAGUGCCAUUUUAAGUGACAGCUUUUCUGUAGAUAGCCACAAGGUUCGAGCGGAGAAGUUCCCCGCUGCUAGUGCAGCCCCAUAUAUUCCUGUCAGGCAUUUUGGCCCACACCAUCGAAUGGCUCCUCCAGUGACCAUACGGAAUGCAAUUCAUGUUUACUCUGCACCACCGCUUCCUCCACCAUCUAGGUCGCCAAGUGUUAUAAGGUCUCCGGGUCUGGGAGUGGCACCACCUGUCUGUGUAAGACAGGCAAUGCCGGUUUAUGCUGCACCCCCUAUUCGGGCAGAAAAGCUCCCCACAUUAGAUACAGCACUUCAAGUAGUGGAGCCUACCUUUUCUAAAGCUCCACCUGUUCAAGUUGAAGAACCAGUAGCUUCAGAGGGACCUGAAAUUCCGGUACAUGAAUUACCAACUUGUAAAGCAGUGCCAGGCAAGCCAGAAUUGGCACAUGAACAUUCUGAAGAGCAACCAUGUUCCCAACUCCAACCGACUAAGAGAGAGGAGCCAGUUGACUUUGAAAUUUCAAGGAGCGUGACAAUACCUGUGGAAGGAACAAAGACUGCAGCUGAGGAGAAGCCACAGGAGUCUCUAGAAAUUGAGAAUUUGAAACAACUAAAGAUAUGAUGUAUUGUCAGGCAUGGGAUGGUUCGGACUGCAGAACCUUCAAUAGGCUUUCGUACUAGGAUUUAGUUUGUAUGUUCUUAUGUAGUCUUUAAAAAAAAGUCUAAAUCUGUCAGUCUGCUUUCACAAUUUUCAUUUGGAAUAGUUUUAUUGAGAUAGUUGUAGCUACCUUUUUACCGCAGUUCCUUUACAGUUCAAUACCAGCAAUUCUAUGAAA